AUGGUCAAGGAAACGAAGCUUUACGAUACCUUGGUAGUCAAGCCAGAGGCUACUCAAGACGAGAUUAAAAAGGCUUAUAGAAAAGUAGCCUUGAAAUGGCACCCCGACAAAAAUAAGGGCAGCCCCGAUGCGGCGGAAAAGUUCAAGGAGUGCUCACAGGCCUACGAGAUCCUUUCGGACCCCGAGAAGCGUAAGGUCUAUGACCAAUAUGGUCUCGAAUUCCUUCUGAGGGGAGGAGGUGCCCCUCCUCCCGAAGGUGCUGGGGGCUUCCCUGGCGGCAUGCCUGGUGGAGGCUUUGACGGAUUCGAUUUUGGAAGCGGAGGCAUGCCUGGUGGAGGCACCCGGACUUUCCACUUCAGCACGGGUAGCGGCCCCGGCGACGGAUUCAACUUCAACAAUCCAAACGAUAUAUUCGCUGAAUUUAUGCGGCAACAGAGCGGGGGCAUGCACGGUGACGAGGACAUGCCGGGUAUCUUCUCGUCGUUUGGCAGCGGCGGCGGUAGCCGUUCCGGCCGCACAAGAAUGAGAUCGUCGGGUUUUGGUGAAGCACGACAACGUGAGCAUACACCAGAAAUUUCGACAGUGGAGCGGCCUCUACCAUUGUCCUUGGAAGAGUUGUAUAAUGGAGUCACCAAAAAGAUGAAGAUUAAGCGCAAGACGUUCGACGAGACCGGCAAGCGGGUCCAGACAGACCAGAUUUUGGAAGUUCCCAUCAAGCCGGGCCUGAAGAAGGGUUCGAAAAUCAAGUUCAACGGCGUGGGAGAUCAGGUCGAAGGAGGUCGACAAGAUUUACAUUUCAUCGUGGAGGAGAAGGAGCAUGUCCUCUUCAAGCGAGAAGAUAACGACCUUAUCCACACCGUGGUUCUGGACCUCAAGGAAGCCCUCACUGGGUGGAAGAGAACCGUCACCACCAUCGAAGGCAAGCAAAUCAACCUGGACAAGAGUGGGCCAACGCAACCUGGAAGCGAAGAUCGGUACCCCGGUCUGGGCAUGCCCAUCUCCAAGAAGCCCGGUCAGCGGGGUGACUUUGUGAUCAGGUACAAGGUCAACUUCCCUUCGAGUUUGACGGCGGCUCAGAAGCAGCAGUUGAGGGAAAUUUUGUAA